UUUUUGUUUGAUUGGUGUGGAGAGGAUAUACAGUGGAUUUUUGCUUCGAAUAUUUUUUUAUAUCCUUACCCGUAUAGUUUGUUUAUUUCAUAGAUUUUGUUAUUAUUAUGAAUAACAUAUCCGAUCCACUAGCAACAAUGAUGAUAAAAAUUACCAAUAACGAUGAACAAUCAUCUAGUUUAGAUUAUUGUAUCGAUGAAAUUCAACAUAAUGACAGUGAUCAAAAACAAUCUUGUUUCAUCAAUUCUUUAAGUAAUAUGAUGGCAACUAAAAAUAAUAAUGUUGUUGAUGGUGAUUAUGAUGAUGAUAAUGAUCAAAAACAACAAACAUUAUCUGAAUGUGAUGAUUUAUUUAGCCAAUAUCGUUUAGAAUGUGAAAAAUGGCUACUUGAUGAUUCAUUAAUUGCUAGUCUAGAUCAAGAGAAAUACAUAAGUCUUUUACGUAAUAUGGUUAAAGAUUUACUUGAUCAAAAUGAAUGUCUUGUAUCAAACAUAAUGGAAAUCAAACAAGAAUCGGCUAAUCGUAUCAAUGAAUUACGACGAAAUCUUGAAAAUACAGCUGCCCGUACUGAAGAAGUGAUGCUUUCAUUACAAUCACAUGAAUUAUGUUUGAAAAAUUUUGUUCAACAACAUUGCUGUGAAUGUUGUGCCUGUGAUAUGCGUCUAUUGGAAUUUAAACUAUGUCAUGGUCCAUAUUGUGAUCAAUUAUUUAAUCAUCCUGAAAAUAUUUCAUCCAAUCCAUUAAAAUCACCAUGCUGGUCAUUCGGUCAUCUUUUAACCUCGGUCGUACAUCAAACAUCACAUUUUCUAACAAAUAAAGAAUCAUCAUCAUCCAAUUGUCUACACAAUGUCAACAGUGAAAUGCGUUUCAUGAAUCUGGUCAAACUUAUUGAUAAAAAAAUACAACAAUUAGAAAUAGAAAAUCAACAGCUACGAAAAGAGAAUGAUAUUAUUCGUGAAUUAAAUUCAUUGAUAAACUGUCGCAAUGGUACUCCAUUAAUGUUGAAUGAAUGGCGUCAUAAUAAUUUUAAUAACCGGAAAUUAUCAUACACUCAACGGACCGAAAAGUCUGAACGAAACCAUAACCAUUAUCAUAAUCCAUCAAAUAGUUGCCAAAGUUGUAGUACAAGUUAUAAUAUGGAUUCACCAUCAAUAUCAUCCACAUCAUCAUCAUCGCUUUGUCUAAGUCCAAACAUUGAUCGUGAUUCAUUAAGUAAUGGUGGUGGUGAUUUUGGCAACCAAACAACAUCUAUGUUGAUGAUGAUGAUGCCUGAUGAUGGUGAUGAUAUCCAAGAAUUGAUUCAUGAUAAAUAUAAUUCAACGCUCACAACAACUUCAAUGAUUAAGAAUAAUGCUUCGAUGUUAAUGAAAGAUGAAAUUAAAAGCAACAAUAAUAAUGAUGAUAAUGAUAAAAGAGAUGAUUGUUCUUUCAUUGAAGAACAAAUGUUGAAUUCAUUAUUCAACUUAGAUUCAAAAACUACAACUGUGGAAAUGAAAAGUAAUUCUAAAAAUGAUCACCAUUCAACCGAUAGACAGAUUAACAAUGGAGGUAUUGUUUAUUAUGAAGAAAAUUGUGAUUCAUGUCGUCUUGAUAAUGAUAGUGGUUGUAGUACGGAUUUAAUACCAUCACAAACGGAUAUGCAAUCAUUGUUGGCAUUAUCGGAUCUAGAUUAUGAUAUGGAUCAUACACAUAAUAAUAAUGAACAUGAAUUAAUUGCCAGAACAAAUGAUGAUGAACAACAAAAAAUGAUGAUGAUGAUGAUGACACUAAGUAGUAGUAGCUCAAUGAACUCAUCUUUACCAACAAUGUCAACCGGAUCAUCACCUCAAUCAUUCACAUCUAAGGACAACGACAUUACUAGAAAUUUUUCUAACCAUAAACAUAAUUAUGUUCACCAAGAUGUUCUUAGUCGGAAACAAAAUCAUAACCAUGACCAGAAUUAUGAUAACAUAAAAGAACCAGAUAAAUCCUUCUGUGAAAGAGUGAAAACGAAUGGAAGUGAUGUCGAAAUCGAACAACUUCGUAUACGAGUAAAUUUAGCCGAUCGUUUAAUUCCGAAAUUAUAUGGAAAACUAUUGUAUUAUAUGAAUCAAAGAAAUCUAGUUUUGUCACAAUUUCGUCAGGAAAAUCGUUUACGUGAAAAAUGUAAACAAGAUCUAUCCGAACUGACCGAAUGUAUUAUUAAUAAUGUUGAUUGUUUUGAAAAAAGAUCGUCAACUAUUUUAGCUUCGAUCAACAAUAAUGAUACUGAUGUAGCAAUUAAAAACAAAAACUUAUCCGAGCAAAAAAUUUCUUGCCGGUAGCUAACAAAUAAUAAUAAUAAUCGAAUUUUUUACGGACCAUUUAA